UGAGAGACAGAGAGAGAGAAAAACAGUGAGAGUGAGAGAGAGAAACAUAGAGAGAGAGAGAGAGAGAGUGAGUGAGAGACAGAGAGAGAGAGAGAGAGAGAGAGAGAGAGAGAGAGAGAGGGGAGGGAGAAGGUAGAGAAACAGCCGCCUUCAAAAAUGGCGUCUUCGAGGGAAAAUGACUAAUAUUAUGAAAAAAGGAGGCCUCGUUCUCGACGUUCAACCGAACUGCCCUGGAUUUGAUCGCGGCGUCGGUUUAUAUCGUUGAUUUGAAUUCAACCCCAAGCACACGAAGGGAAAUCAGCGGGAUUUGUUGAAUAUACAGAGCAACACAAUCUUAUUUUAAUGCGUCGACAGAGCUAGCGCGCGUGCUGCUAAGCUCACAACACAAUUUUGUGGCCGAUUUGAAAUUUUGCAAAGCGUCGAGCGCGAAAUUUGCUCGCGACAUUAUUUCAUGCGUAAUGUAGCCGUUGUUUAACGACAGAUGCCCCUUGCUUGGGAUAUACAUAUUUCAUACAACUAAAGUGGAGAAAGGGGAGGAGAAACAAGGGAAAGGACGUAUACGGUAAUACGUGUCCAUCAGUAAUUUAUCGGUAACCGGGUCAAACUGAAUUCUCGCUCGGAUUAUUUACAUUUGCAGUCAGAUAGAAGAAUGCCAUUAAUUGUUCCGGUUUUAAAUGAGAAAAGACUGAAUAGUAGGUGAGUUUUUUGUGUGUGUGUGGAGGUGGUCUGUGUACACCCCCUCUAUCACGCACUCCUCUCCUCCCCUCCAUUUCCCUCUCCCUUUUCAAUAUGCUAUUUUCACUCUUAUGGACUUGGUUGUCUCUCACCAGGAAGAAUGAUUAAAAAUUGACAACAGCACCGCGAUCUUGCCGUGCAAAAAAAAAAAUUUUUUUUUUUUUUUUUUUUUGCACCGAAAUCGUUUGCUCGAUCCAUCCACGCGUAUUGCAAAGCAAUGGACCGAAAUUACCCGGGAGCAGGCUUCGGUGAUUUGGGCGCAGGAGCCGGAUGGAGCUAUGAGAGAUCGGCCAAAGCGAGCUUGGUGUAUGGCAGCUCUAGAUCAUCACAUCCGGAAUCUGAACUUCUUCACCGCCAGGCCUACGCCACUCCCCAUCCCCUGCAGGGUUAUGCCACCAAUCACCAUCCUGGUGGUUCUGGCCAGGGUGGGGCUUGGGGUGCAGCUGGAAGGAGUCUGGGCUUGUCUGGACUUUUUGAUGCUGGGCUGCACCACGCAAGCCCAUCCGGCCCAGAUCCAUCGGUUAUGAACCUUAUAUCUGCACUAGAGUCCAGGGGUCCACAGCCACCUCCCUCUGCCUCAUCCCUUUUAUCUCAGUUCCGCACUCCAUCAUGGCAGACUGCCAUGCAUACACCAGCCCCUGCAGAGCUCUUCAUCUCUAGUGCCCUUCCUGGUACUGGAUCCUUCCCAUCCUCUUCUGCUUUGUCUGCCUAUCAACACCCAGCUUCAUUCUCGGGGCGGUCCUUUGCUGGUGUGACCCCCUCGUUAUCCCUACAGGACACGCCUACCUUCAGCCCAACCUCCAAUGGCCUCCUGUCACCCCAUGAUCCUUUGCUCCACAUCAAGACACCUUCUCAGUCGAGCCUAGGCUUUGACCGCCUAUUGUCAUCACAGGGGGCUGCUGCAGCUUACCGUGGAAGUCAUGAUCCAACUGGUGGUGGUGUCUCAUCUGCUCAAGCCUCUUCUGCAGCCUCAGCUUCUGCCCGGCAUCUACAGUCUCAUCAGUUCAACUUGCUGUCCUCUCAGCUUCAAGACCAGUCCUCCCAGUUGUACAGUGCCUCUGUGUUUUCCUCUACCCCUGCUCCCCCUCAGCCAACAUCCCAAGAGCGAACAGUACCAAGACAAGACAGUGUAAUUAAACACUACCAACGCCCUUCUCCAGCGCAAGCAACUUCAUCCACCCCUCACCCCCUCCAGCACUUUCUUAGCUGUGGAGUGUCAGGAUAUCAGCAAGCUGCUCAUUCUCGUCAUGCCGGACUCUCUUGCAGUCCUCUAGGUGAACACAGUCCCUCCUCAGAACAUAAACCCUCCCCCAGGACUGAACAGUACAGACCCAUUAUCCAGCCUUCUUAUGGGUCCUCAUCAUCCUCAUCUUCUGGUGGGGCUGGAAAGGGUACGAAAAGCAGCUCCAGCAGUGGUUACUCUUCCUCUGGAUCUGCAUCCUCUUCCAGAACCCCUCACACACCACCCUCUGCUUCAUCUGCUUCUUCCUCGUCCUCAUCCUCUUCUUCGUCCUCUGCAUCUGCUAGUGCUCGUCAGUCUAAUUCCAUUCCAUCCUCCACUUCUGCCUCUUCAUCCUCUCGGCAACAACCACCUACUCAGACUGUACCCCCACCCCCCCAGACACAUUCCCAGACCCCUCAAAGUUCCUCAAACUCCACCCAGCAAACCCUUCCCAAGUCGUGCCUCUCGGGCUAUGGAUCCCCAGUGGCUCCAGUCAAGUCAUCAAGUGGUCUGACUGGCCAGACCCCUCCUCAGCCACAACCUCAGUCUUUCUCUCCAAGUCAGCCAUCACACCUUUCUCAGUCAUAUGGGGGAUUCAGUUCUCCCCAGACUCAUGAUCUGCCUUCAGCUAGAACCUCUGGAGUUGCUAAAGGGUAUGGGAAUUUGGGGAGUCAGUCAUUUUCAGCAGAAUCUGUGUAUGGGACAGAUUCAGGUUAUGGGUCCUUAGGGGGUGCUGUAAGCCCCUCAAUGGGCUACAGCGCAUCUGGACACUCUCCUGCCAUUCUUCGGUCGGGAGCAAGUGGUGGAACAACUGGUGGAAGUAGUAGCGGAGGCAGUACAGGUACAGGAGGCAGCAGCAGUGGAGGAGGUGGUGGAUCUUACCACAUACCUGAUUCAAGCCCAUCUCCAUCUGGCAAUUCUGGAAUUGUUCGCCCUGGUCUGCAUUCUCCUGCUCCAUCACGACCUGCUCAGUCACCUGUUGGAACAGGAUCCAACAAAUAUCUAUCUUCAGUCCUCUCUCCUUCAUUUCUGCCCUCUCCCCAAGGGUAUGCAGACACAAGAGGACCUCGAACACAGUCCUACCACACCACUGCUCCUAACAAAACAAAGUCUGAUAACAGCAUUCUUGGUGUAACAGAGUCUCGGACACAACAAGAAGAUGAUGUUGAUGAUGAUUUCCUCAUCCAACACCUUCUUCAAGCCCAGAGUCCUACUCCUCAAUCUUCCCACCACCAUGCUCCUCAAAGCCAUCAUUCCUCACAGCCUACCCAGCAGGAUAGUAAUAAAGGGCUUGCUUAUGAGAUGAGCAAAAGCUCAGAAGAAAGGUACCACCUUCAAAGUGUUAUUCGAACACAUAGUGCCACCUCAAAUGCUGCCGUCUCUGGCACAGGAAGUGGAGCUGGACUGGACAGUCAGUUGGAGAUGUCCCUAAAGAAACAGCAGCAACAACAGCUGCAACAGCAUCAGCAGCAACAACAGCAACAUAAACAACAACAUCAACAGCAGCCACAGCAGAAGAGUAACAGAACUGUUAGUGAUGGAGGACAAGGGAGUUCAGAUCAGACUCAUUCCCAUUCUCAUCAUCAUCAUGAUUCUCUGGGAUCAGUGGUACAUUAUGGCCGGGGUGACCCAUAUUCCCAACACUCCAUUCCUCAACACACCGCCUCCCACCAUCAACACACUCCACAUACACCGACACACCCACAUCUACACUCUCACGCACACAUGGAUCUUCAGAAAAAGUCUCAAGAUUCAGGAGAUAUAGCUUACAUUCGUAAGACACCUGAUGUGCAGCAACACCACCAUCAACAGACACAUCAACAGACACAUCAGCAGCAAACUCAACAUCAUCAGUCCCAUCAGCAACAACUUCAACAACAACCGCAGCAGCAACAGCGACACUCUCAGUCCCAGUCACUUAUGGACUCUCCCACUGACCAGUCUCGCCAGCCUUCUCAUUUGCUGCAGUCUGUGCUGUCCCACACCCGCAGCAAAAUAGAACCCCAGCAACAGCAACAUUCUGUAAGUCAACAGGCCCUGAUGGAAGCCAGAGGGGGAGUUGUGUCAUCUGAGACCCAUUCACAACCCCAGGCAUCCCAACUUCAACUCCAACUUCAGUCCCAGACUUUGGAAGCAGCUGGUCACUAUGCCCAUGGUUCCCAACAACAAGACCAGAGCCGCCCUAAGUCUAACACAGUGUCUCCACUAGACAUGCUGGAGCAUUCCCUCUCUCAGACCUCAAACCAGGAGGGAGGAGUGGUGGAUGAGAGGACAGGAGGUGAAGGUAACAGGGGGAAUUCUGGGGCAGCAUCGGCAGGAGGUGUGGAGAGGCGCCAGUCACAGGAGCAACAAUUACUUUCAUCUCACCACCCCACACAGCACCAUGCAUCUGAGUUACACUCAUAUCUUCCUGAGUCAGAAAUUAGUUUAUCAACAACUUCCCAUGGACACCAUCUCUCACACCAUCACCACCAACAACAACAACCACCACAAGGUCCUCAGCAUCCUAACUCCCAUCAUCAACACCCUCACCCUUCCCAUCCUAAUCCACAUAGCCAUCAUCAUCUUUCUCCACAGGCCUCCUCUGCAGCUUCUCAGCAACAAGAGCAGGCCCACCCUUCCCACGCCUCCCACAUUCCUCAAGCUCAACUCGACCAGCAUCAAGGAGAAUCUCACUUUGACACAAGAAAUCCAGCAGUUAAAGCAAAUCAAAACCAAACCCAACAUCAAAGCCAGAGGUUUGUUCCAUUAACAUCCAUCUGCUUCCCUGAUUCUCUUCUCCCAGAUGAGGACCGGUCAUUCUUUCCUGGAAUGGAAGAUAUGUUCUGUCCAGAGGAGUACAAAUCGACUUGCUCAGGAGGAACUGGGCAGGGUCAGGAUGGGGUUGCUUCUGUCCAAACAGUACAGGAAGGAAUGGAAGGAAUUAAAACAACCCCUGGAGUAGGAGGAGACAAUACAGGUCCAAGUUAUGAUAUGCUUAGCCAUCACAGUGAUCAGGGGUAUGGACAGUAUUGCCAUGAUCUUUCAGAACCUGACAAUGGAACCAUGCAUUUGGAUCUUGACUCCUUGAAGACUCAUGAGCUCCCAUCUACAGUUAACACAGAGCACCUUGGACUAAUCCAGUCUCAACCAUCCAACCUUGGAAUGGGGACAACUGGAAGUGUUGGGGAAGGAUCUGGUGCCAAAAUAGGAGGUACUGGAGGAUCUGGGUCUCGAUCAGGGGGUCUUACUUCUCCAAUCUUUUGUUCCUCUCGCCCAAAGAAGCUUCUGAAGUCCAGUUCCUUCCACCUGUUGAAGGAGAGACCUGAUCCAAACUCCUUGCCUAAGAAGAGCUAUGCUCAGGAAUAUGAAUUUGAGGAUGAUGAGGAUAAGGCUGACGUGCCAGCUGAUAUCCGCCUCAAUAGCCGAAGCCGACUUCCUGAUCUGAUACCAGACCUUGUGUCCAGUUGUCGCAAAUCGAGCGGAGUAGGAGGGGGAACUUUAAGCCCUUUAAUGGGUGAUCUGGACUUUGGAUACCCAUCCCUUGGUCCUCCACCUCAAUUGUUGCCCAAUGAUGGACCGAAGAAAAGAGGCAGGAAGCCCACAAAGCCUAAACGAGAAGGACCCCCAAGACCACGAGGACGUCCACGAAUACGCCCAUUACCUGAACCUCCCCACACUCGGGGUAUGAUGGGAGACUAUGGAACGGGAUAUGUUCCAGAAAGAGGCAGAGGCAGGGGAAGAGGAAGAGGCAGAGGUAGGCGGGACGAAUCUAUGAUGGACAUGGAGAUGGCCAAUAAAGAUCCAAAUCAGAUGUAUCAAAUGCACAUGCAGCAGCAAAUGCAUCACCAAUCACAGCCGCAGUAUCAGGAGCCAAUUAAACCCAUCAAGAUCAAACUUCCUGUUGGAACCAUGUCAUCUUCUGAUGCCUUGUUGCGGACAGACUCCUUGUCAGGCACUGAUCCGGCUCUCUCAGAUGGUUCCCUUGGCUCAGCUCCCUCUUUGGGCUUGAGUCCUGGGACACCUGGAGUGCCUGACAUGAACAGACCUCAAGACAAAAGCAAGUCCAAAUCCCUGGAGAUGGAAGAGAAAGAGUCAGAGAAGUCUGGCUUUGUUGCCUCAUUUCUAGAUUUUCUUAAGUCUGGAAAAAGGCCAUCAGGAAUGUCAACAGGGUCAGCUGACAGCACUGGGAAUGAAGAUGCAUCUCCUGGGAAAAGUGGAGGCAUUCGCCCACUAUCCCCUCAACCACCACCUCCGCCAACUGCUGCAGUUGUAUCUGGAUAUGGAGAUGGUGAAAGUGAUGGAGGACUGUCUUUGGGUGGCUGCCCUAGCCCGUGCAAGCGCUUGGAUGAAGAGCUGAAAAGGAACCUUGAGACUUUGCCCUCCUUCUCAUCUGAUGAGGAGGACUCUGUUGGAAAGAACCAGGACCUGCAAAAGAGCAUUUCUUCUGCAAUCUCAGCAUUGUAUGACACUCCUCAACUCAGCACCUCCUCAAUGCAGCCUUCUUCACUUCCACCACCCCCUCCUCCACAUCCUCCUGAACCACUGACACCAACACAGCAACCACCAGCACUCAGCCCUCAACCACCAAUGCAUACACACCCUCCCUCACAUGCCCUCACCCACUCGAUUGAGCCUGCAAGAUUACAGAGAGAAGAGGAGGAAGAAGAAAUAGAAGAAAAUGAGAAGGAUACAGAGAUAGUGGAGCAAGACAAGGAAGAUAAACUCCCAGAUCUAGAGGUUCUGAGUGUCCCCAGAGUUGGAGACUCACCUAAAGAAGCUCUUGAAGCCCAAGCUCCCCCUUCUCUCCCACCAGUUUCCCCAUCAUCCCCUGCUCCUUCAUCUUCCCCCUCCCAUUCACCACUUCCUCCCCUUCCUCUUCCCUCUCCCUUCCCUCCACAGGAGGAUAAUCCAACCCCUCCUCAGGCAUCUUCACCACUACAGUCCUCACCUCCAGCCAGUCCUUUGGUUCCUUCUGUGCCUGUCCUGUCGCCUCUACCUCUUCCCAGUGUAGAGCCCCCUCCAUCCUCAACCCCACCUCCACCCAGUCCACCUCUGGUACAGAAGCCCGCCUCCCCUGAAGAGCCCCCUGUGCCUCAGAUUCUACCCUUGCACUUGGCCCAGAAACAAAGUGGUGCUGCUAUUGUUGGAGAGACUGAUGAGGAUGAGAGUGAGAGUGGAGGCGAAGGUAUUUUCAGAGAGAGGGAUGAGUUUGUGGUGCGGAUCGAGGACAUCAGGAGUCUGAAGUUGGCCCUGCAGACAGGACGAGAGCCCCCUCCCAUCUGGCGCGUACAGAAAGCUCUGCUGCAGAAGUUUUCUCCUGAGAUUAAGGAUGGGCAGAGACAGUUUUGUGCCACUAGUAAUUAUCUGGGUUUCUUUGGGGAUGCUAAGAAGCGGUACCAGCGGCUGUAUGUGAAGUUUCUGGAAAACAUAAACAAGAAGGACUAUGUGAGGGUCUGUUCUCGUAAGCCCUGGCACAGACCUUCUGUCACCCUGAGGAGGCAGACUCAGGCAGUCCCGAAGUUAGCUCCACCACCCAAUAACCAGACUGCUGUUGAGAGGGUUAAGAAAGAAAGAGAAAAGAUUAAGGAGACUCACGAAACUAGAGAGAAGAACAACAUUCGGUCAAAAGAACAGACAAAGGACAAAGACAAGGUUCCUAAAACCAGGGAAAAGGAAGAAAAGAAGGAGCGGGAGAAAGAGAAAAAAGAUCAACCUCCACCGUUGCCCCCCCCGAAGCCUGAGAAACGAGCAGCGGUGACAGAGCGAGGGAAGGUGAAGGAGGAAAAGAAGAGUGGUGGAGUUGAAAAGAAAACGGAACGCACUGUCAAGCCUCCGCCACCAAAGGUGAAGGCAGAACCUCCGCCCAAGAAACGCAGGAAGUGGCUUAAGGAAGUACCCUCAUCAUCGGAAUCAGACUCUUCAGCAAGUGAGGAUGAAAUCUCAGUAAAAGCUGGCCUGAACACACGUGCAAUGCGCGAGAUGUACCGGAGCUAUGUGGAGAUGUUGGUCAGUACGGCACUUGAUCCGGACAUGAUCCAGGCUCUAGAAGACACAGAAGAUGAGUUAUAUCUUCCUCCAAUGCGCAAGAUUGACAGUCUUCUAAGCGAGAAAAAGAGGAAGCUUCUGAAAAGAGUCAAUAUGAAUUCCCAGCACCAGGAAUCUCUUCACAUGUUCCCUCAGAUAUCGGCAGAACCCCUGGACUCGGGGACAGUGAGGGUCAGACUGGGUGGGGAAUGCUACAACCGCAAAACCCUGAACCGCAUUAAAAAGAGUGUAUCCAAACCACAGGACCUCAAGUUGUCAACAGAAACAUGCAGACUGUACAGUCUCUACCAUUCACUGCAUCAUUAUAAAUAUCAUACCUUCUUACACUGUAAAAAAGAGACGAACACUAUAGAGCAGGCUUCAGAAGAUCCUGGGCAGGAGGAAGUUGUUCAGCAGUGCAUGGCCAAUCAGAGCUGGCUGGAGACCCUCUUCAACUCCUUCUUAGACCUGAUGGCCCUCAGCGGCAAAGCUUAAGAAACAGGAAAAGAAGAGAAGGGGAGCAUGAAAAAGGGGAACCACUGAGGAGUCAAGGAGGCCUCACGGUACAAAAGAAGCUGGAUUUAUUGUUGCCUAGUAGCAACAAUAGUAGCUCCCCUAUCCUCCUCCUUUUGUUUAACAGAAUUUUUUCUUUCAAUGGCUCUUAUACAGUGGCAACAGGAAAGGACUGGGCAACUGGCCCAGCAGGUUGCCACUGGCAAAUAUCUUUAUUAAUUCUUUACAAAUGUCGCCGAGGCCAUAGACCUGGUGCAGGACCCCUCCUGGGUGUUCAGAAAAAUGGAUGCGACCAAACUGACAUCACCUAAAAUGAGCUGACCAUACACUGAACCAGAGGGAAAUGGAUGCACAGCAGCGAGUUACAGCUGAAGGAAUAUACUGCGUGGAAUCUUUAUACAUUGAAUCAACUGACAAGAUUCAUCAUGUGGGAAAUAACAGAGUUUGUCAACACUAGGAGGAAGUCUGUUACUGUUGGAAUUUUACACAAAUAAUUUUUUUAAAGACAAUAGCAGUUUUAUUCUGACUUUUUUUUUUUUUCUGAAACGAAAGAGUGAAGGUUCUGUUUUAUAAAUGAGUGAAGAGUGGCAUGUGCGAUUGGAAAACGGACACGGGAAAAAUGCGUGCAACGGCAUGUGAUGACAUUCAACGCUUUAGUCUACACACGUGAAACAAGUGAGCUAAAGUAAUACAUUUUUAUUAUUUAUAAAGACAUUUUUAACGGCAAUUCGCACAUACAAAUCAGUAACUUUUCAUUACAGUUAAAAUAAUGUUUGUUCAGAUGUUAUAAAUGGAUCCUAUUGCCACAUUAUGAGCUGUCUUCCUUUUCGCUCAUCAAAGGUGGGUCGAUACAAUGGAAAUGUAUUAUCAUUUAUAUCUGUCACCGAAAAUAAAUGAAAGACAGAGUAGAACAAAUGUUUCAAGCUACACAAAACGGUAUUAUUGCAGUGCAUUCUAAAGAAAAUGGAAUUGAAAGUGAGAGCAAAGCAUUUGGUUCCCAUUAGGGAGGGAUUAUGUAUUAGUACUAUUUAAAAUGGAAAUUUGUUUUUAUUUGUUUGUCUUUUGUCUGUAUUCUGAGUAUUAUUUUGGAGCAAUCUAAUACUGUGCUUCUUUCCAAAUUAAAGCCUUUGUGUAAAUAUUGUACAGCUCUUGACAAAAAUCUCCCAAUUCUUCUGUACAUGGACUAUCCCUAAAUUUGACAAACAAAUAAAACCGUCAACAACUA